ACAGUUUUUCCUCAUCUGGGGGUCAUGAUACAACCUCCAGCUUCUCCUCCUCCUCACCAUUAUCACUGAUGGCCGAUCCAUUCAUUGACAAUCACAGGGGUACAUGUUACAAAUGAGAUAACAUUCAGACAUUGUUUGAUUGUGGAGUGGGUGGUGUUAUGCACCCAUCCGUGGGCGAUGCUUGAUCAGCAGCUCCCUUAGAUAACUGUCUGACAUAUGAGUGACAAACAGACUCUUACCCCACCAGCAGGUCGUUGAAGCUCUUCUGUAAGGUAGCUGUGAGGGAGAAUAAAACUUGUUACAGCAAUUUCUUGGACACCAUGGCCCCACACCCCGCUGUCCAGGCCGUCAUCGACCUCUCUGCAGGAGCCGUAGGUGGAGCUGCAUGUGUUUUCAGUGGGCAGCCUCUGGACACAGCAAAGGUCAAGAUGCAGACCUUCCCUAAGCUGUACAAAGGUUUCAUCCACUGCAUCACGUCCACCUACAAACAGGUUGGCCUGCGCGGCCUCUACCAGGGCACCACACCAGCGCUCAUGGCUAACAUCGCAGAGAACUCCGUGCUUUUCAUGAGCUACGGCUUCUGCCAGCAGGUCAUCCGCUUCACGGCUGGACUGCACAGUGAAGCUGUGCUGAGUGACGUGCAAAAAGCCUGUGCCGGCUCAGUCGCAUCUAUCUUCUCCUCGCUCGUGCUCUGCCCCACGGAGCUCGUCAAGUGUCGCCUGCAAGCCAUGUAUGAAAUGGAGGCAUCAGGAAAGAUUGCCAAGAGCCAGAACACAGUUUGGUCAGUGGUGAAAUCCAUAAUGAAGAAUGAGGGAGCACAGGGCUUCUUCCAGGGUCUGACCACCACUAUAGCCAGAGAAGUGCCAGGCUACUUCUGCUUCUUCGGUGCCUAUGAGCUCUGCCGCACAAGCUUUGCCAACUACAUGCAUUGUGACAGAGAUGACAUAGGUGUGGCUCCAAUCAUGUUCAGCGGAGGUUUUGGGGGAGCGUGCCUGUGGCUGGUGGUCUAUCCUAUGGACUGCGUGAAGUCUCGGAUCCAGGUCAUGUCUAUGACGGGCAAACAGGCAGGGUUUUUCAAAACCUUCAUGACCAUCGCUAGGGCUGAAGGUGUGAGGGCUCUCUACUCUGGUCUCACCCCCACCAUGGUCCGCACCUUCCCUGCGAAUGGGGCUCUGUUCCUGGGUUAUGAAGUCAGCAGGAAGCUCAUGAUGAAGCAGUUCGACAGCUGAAGUGUGCUGAACUAACAGUGAACUGGAAGUGAAGUAUUACAGCGGUCUAAUCUCGUCAAACUCCAGCUCAAGCUUUGAGCACAGUGUGUGGACUGGUUCCCUGCUUUUGACAGACUGACUCUGAAACUUCCACACUCCAUCUCAGCCUACCUUUAAUGAAGUGUUUACAUAGUUUGAAUCCUAAUAUUUAUUUACUUUAUAGAUUUCAACAUUGAUUAAUUUUGUGGCUCCAAAACACUGUUUCCACAUAUGUGAAGCACAGUGUUGACCAACCUAAACUAGCCUCUUUAUGAGGAUUUCUCAAGACUCCAGUGAAUUAUUUUUCGUCUACCUCAACGGAAUCACAUCAGAGAAAUUAUAUUUCUGUCAGUCAUUUCAAUCAUUCUUUUCUUGUUCUGAAUGAGAGUACAUGUGCAAGAAAACACUCCGUUACUUUUUAAAGCUAAGCUAUCUCAAUGCACAAAGAUGUUAUUUUGAAAUGUGAAGUGGCAUACACUAAUUCUUCUAAGCUGCCAGAAGUAUUUUAGGAUGAUUUUAAUAAGGGAUCAUUCACAGAUAAGUAUGUUCUCAGAUUUAUUUCAGCUUUGACUGAAACACCCUUUUGUUCCCUCAUUCUAAUAAGAGACCUCAGAUGUAUCCAGCAGGUGUUUUCAAGAGGAUCUCAAUCUUUUUUUUUUCUAUGUAUCUGGCAUUUUUGUGUUGAAGUUAUAUUCCACUCCUUUUGAUUACAUUUCCAUUCCUCUGGGACCCAGGGUUUGCCUUUAAAUACCUACAUUUUGCCUUUUCUUUGGUGUGAUACCUUUAUAGUUGUAAAAACUCAUGCAAAAUAAUCAGCUGCCUCAGUAAAUGUGCCAUUUGCACAAUG